AUGUCCCUAACCUCACAUUCCUGCAUCUUCCAUGGCACGCAGGGCACUAGCCAGACAAAAACCGACUCCACUCAACCACCACCUAGCGGGACUCCCCACUCUACUGGGUCCGGUCCGUGUCUUGAGUGCUGCUGUGCCAAUGACCAAACAUUUCUGGCACUCAGUGAAAUUAUUUAUUCGCUGUCAUUUUAUCUAUCUCAAAAGGCAACAUCAUCAUCUAAAUCCUACUCCAACUCUAACUCUGACACAACUCAAACAACUGAGACAUCAACGGAUACUUCACUCCAACCGCUUGUAAUUCAUAACGAUGAACCCUUUGUCCCGCUAUCCAAACUGCCAUCAUCGCUUCCUGGUGUGUUAACUCCAACAAAGUCACUCCUUUUAGACCAGCUGAAUUCGCUUUUCCAAAAUGCUUAUACAUGCUUCGAGAGUCCUUUUGACCCACGACUAUACCAUUUUGUCUCAGAACCGGCUACCGUCGAUACACCCUCAGAAGACGACCUUUAUAGCGAUACUGACAUAGAAAACAAUGAUAAAGAUGAAGACGACACAUACUCUAAUGACUCUAAUGAUUAUGACUCUAGGUCUCUGCAUGAGACUUCUAACGAAUUUAGUAACAAUUCUAACGAUACAACAAGGACCUCCACAUCACGCACUAAUGGUGACUCCUCCAGCAGCUCUUCCUCUCCUUCCUCCGCAGCUUCAGCAAACUUCUCUCCCUCCACUCACACAAAAACUCUUGUGGCUGCUCUUUUUAAUAAAAUUCAAGCUCAACAAGCUGAACUGGCAGCUCAAUCAGUCCGAAUCCGCAUGCUUGAAUCCCAGCUUUCAGAGCUGAAUCCAGAGUUGUCCCAUCGAAAUACGGCAUCGCAACCUAUUCCCACAUCACCCUUUGCAGCAGCAACCCUCCAACCACUACACGCAGCUCACUAUGUAGCAACAACUGCCGAAAACGGAUCUUCCCCUACAUCCAUAGACGUUUUCCCCUACCCCUCAACUUCUCCCCGCGACCACUAUCUACUUGACAAAGAACUUACAAAGUCCCAGAAUGCAAAUAGAGCUUUCCAAAAGGCACUUCGCGAAAUUGGCGAAGUUGUCAUUGCUGUUGCCCAAGGUGACCUCUCUAAAAAAGUUACUAUCCAUGCUCGUGAAAUGGACCCUGAAAUUAUCAAGUUUAAAGAAACAAUCAACACCAUGAUGGACCAGCUUCAAAGGUUUGCCAACGAAGUCACAAAAGUCGCAACAGAAGUUGCUGGUGGUACUCUUGGUGGUCAAGCAGAAAGCGACGGUACUGUUGGUGUUUGGCGUGAACUAACAGAUAAUGUAAACGUCAUGGCUUCCAAUCUUACGAAUCAAGUCCGUGAAAUUGCUGAUGUGACGCGAGCUGUGGCACAAGGUGAUCUUUCGCGAAAAAUUAAUGUCCAUGCCCAAGGAGAAAUUCUUGAACUUCAAAAAACAAUCAAUACCAUGGUGGAUCAGCUGCGAACUUUUGCCUUUGAGGUCACUCGGGUUGCUCGUGAAACUGGUGUCGAAGGCCGGCUUGGUGGUCAGGCUCAAAUUGAAGGGGUUGAGGGUAUUUGGCGUGAACUUACAGACAAUGUAAACGCCAUGGCUUCCAAUCUUACUGAUCAAGUCCGAAAUAUUGCAAAUGUUACCACUGCUGUGGCGCGUGGCGAUCUGUCUCAAAAGGUGUCUGCAGAUUGUAAGGGUGAAAUUUUGGAUCUCAAGUCUACAAUCAACAAGAUGGUUGACCGCCUUCAAAACUUUGCCACUGAAGUUACUACUCUUGCUCGCUCUGUGGGUACUGAAGGUAUCCUUGGUGGUCAAGCCAAAGUUGAAGAUGUCGAAGGUGCUUGGAAAGAAAUUACGGAAAAUGUCAACGUCAUGGCUUCCAACCUCACAACGCAGGUGCGCUCUAUUGCACAUGUUACUACUGCUGUCGCCCAAGGCGAUCUCUCUCAGAAAAUUGAUGUUCAUGCUCAGGGAGAGAUGCUCGCUCUUAAAUCAACCAUUAAUAAGAUGGUGGACCGACUCCAGCUUUUUGCUUCUGAAGUCACUCGUGUGGCCAAAGAUGUUGGUAUCGAUGGUAAGCUUGGUGUUCAGGCUCAAGUCAGCGAUGUUGAUGGUCUUUGGAAGGAAAUUACCACUAAUGUCAAUACCAUGGCUGCCAAUCUUACAAGUCAGGUCCGUGCAUUUGCACAGAUCACUGCUGCUGCUACAGACGGUGAUUUCACUUCCUUUAUUACUGUCGAGGCUUCUGGUGAAAUGGACGCCCUGAAGACUAAGAUCAAUCAAAUGGUGCUUAAUCUGCGUGAAUCCCUUCAGCGUAAUACUGCUGCUAGAGAAGCUGCCGAGCUGGCUAACCGUGCAAAGUCAGAGUUUUUGGCCAAUAUGUCACACGAAAUUCGAACCCCAAUGAAUGGUAUUAUUGGAAUGACUCAACUGACACUCGAUACAGAGCUUACACAAUACCAACGUGAAAUGCUUUCUAUUGUUCACAAUUUGGCAAACUCACUCUUGACAAUUAUUGAUGAUAUUCUUGACAUUUCCAAGAUUGAGGCCAACCGAAUGACUAUUGAAAAGAUUGCAUUUUCUCUUCGUGGAACCGUGUUUGGUGCACUCAAGACUCUUGCGGUUAAGGCAAAUGAAAAGCCACUUGACUUGGUUUACAAGGUUGAUAAUACUUUCCCUGAUAAUCUCGUUGGUGAUUCAUUCCGCUUACGUCAAGUUAUUCUUAACCUUGUUGGUAACGCAAUUAAAUUCACUGAGAGCGGUGAGGUUGCACUUAGCGUCCGAAAAGCGGCUGACCAAAGUAGAUGCGAGCCUGAUGAAAUGAUGAUUGAGUUUUGCGUGUCAGACACGGGUAUUGGCAUUCAAAGCGACAAGCUUGACGUUAUUUUUGAUACUUUUUGCCAAGCCGAUGGUUCAACUACUCGAAAAUUUGGUGGUACUGGUCUUGGUCUUAGUAUUUCUAAGCGUCUUAUCAAUCUUAUGGGUGGCGAUAUUUGGGUCACCUCUGAACUUGGUAAAGGAUCUGAAUUUUAUUUCACACUGGCUGUUCAACCUGCUGAUACAGGCUUGACUCAGCUUCUUGAAUCCAUUGCUCCUUUCCGGAACCACUUUGUUUUGUUUAUUGAUACUGUCCACGAAAGGCGCGUCACUGAACAGCUUAUUGAAAAUAUGGCACGUCUUCACUUGAACGCUUGGGUUGUUCAUUCUGUAGAAGAGGCUCCACUUCCUGAAGAUCGAACAGGCCCCAAGUUUGAUACCAUCAUUGUCGACACACUUGAGGUUGCCACUAAGCUUCGCACCCUUAACCAUCUCAAGUAUAUUCCCCUUGUUCUGCUAAAUCCAUGCAUCCCCCAAGUUAACCUCAAGCUGUGCUUGGACUUGGGUAUCACAUCUUAUGGUAACACACCCUGCUCGGUGCAUGAUAUUGGCAAUGUUUUGCGGCCAGCCUUGGAAAGCCGUGCUGCUCCUCUUAACAGCGAUGGAGCUAAGCAGUUCCAUAUUUUGCUUGCUGAGGACAAUGUCGUGAACCAGAAGCUGGCUGUGCGCAUUCUGGAAAAAUACAAGCACAAGGUUGAGGUAGUUGAAAAUGGUUUGGAAGCAUUUGAGGCUGUGAAGCGUAAGCGUUAUGAUGUUGUCCUCAUGGACGUGCAGAUGCCCGUUAUGGGUGGUUUUGAGGCCACAGCCAAGAUUCGUGAAUGGGAGAGGCAGAACAUCACAAUUCGUACACGCACUCCUAUUGUGGCAUUAACGGCCCACGCUAUGUUGGGAGACCGUGAACGAUGUAUGCAAGCCCAAAUGGACGAGUAUCUUUCAAAGCCCCUCAAACCGGCUCUUCUUGUCCAAACUAUAAACAAGUGUGCACAUUCUAUUAAUCAGCUCCGGAAUCUUGCAUUGGGCCCUCCAUCAUCAACUGCUGGCGGUGCUACUAUGCCUAAGGGCUAUGGUGUUGGCACCGCUGAUCAAACUAUUAUUGGUCCUGGAGAAGGUACUGCUGCUGCUAGGGCAGAUGGCGCUGGCGCCACAUCGUCUCUUCCGGAUUCACCUCUUUCUUCUGUUUCAUCUCCCUCUGCAGAAAUCCCCGUGCGACCCGGUGGAUUGUCUCAACGUGCUGCUACUAUGGUAGACGUGCGCAGUCAAGCGCGUAUUGAAGAAAUGGAAAAAGAAAAGAAUGUGGAUGCAGGUGCAAACAAACUUGCUCGUGGAACGGGCCGCAGCGGUAGUAGCGGUAGUAUUAUGGACGCCUCAAGUAGUCGCAAAAGCGAGUUUGUAAGACCCGGUGUUCCUCGCAAGUCCAAUGGAAUCUAUCCGCUUGAUGGUGCAUCCUCGACUCAAACUCCCCUGUCGUCAUACCCGUUUCCACCACUGAGAAAGAAAACAGAAACAUUUACAUUUACAAAUCAAGUGACCACUAGCAACAGAAUUGAAGUUCUGGAAGAUGACCAACCCACUCAUAAUAGUGCAAACAUUAGUCCAAUGUCGACGACAACCGUGGCCGCCACUGAGGACUCAGGAACUAUAGAAACAACACGGACCACCGGGGAGAUGGUGGUAAAAUCUGAUGAUUGA